AUGCGCAUGGGUUGUUCCAGCGACGAGGAACUCGAUGGCGCCGACUUCCACAUUGUCAAGCACAUUCAGUCGGCCUGCGCGAGUUGCCCGGACGAGAAGCAGGCCAUCUUCAAGAGCCACCGCGUCCGCAUUGGCAACUUCGGCCGCGACAUUGGCGCGUGCAUCCAUUGCAGCAAUGCAGGCAAGUUCGUUUACCGUCAAGCAGACGCUGGCAUUCCGGGGCUCGGCAUGUCCACCGUUCGUUUCAGCAAGGUGCUCUCGAAACUCCGUAAGGACGGCCGUCGGUCAAUGCCCGCAGUCGACCCCCACGUCGGCGGGCCCGCCCGCCCCCGCAUCUCGGCGGGCGAGAACCCCAGGCAGAUCGAGAUGGAGGUCGCCCUCAGGUGGGGCGCGUGGACCGUCGCCAGGAGGGCUGCGACAGCGCAGCAUCUGCGCGACGCGCCACAGGAGAUCGCGCAGGAGCCCGAGCGGCACGCGCAGCGCAUCUGCCGCCCUGAAUCAGGGCGCGCGAGUCCCAAGCGCGCCCCCGAGACGUUCAGCAUCGGGAGUUUGAGGCCGGCCAUCCUAGCCGACGCGCCCGCCGCGCCGCUCAGGCUGGCGCGAGCUUCUCACGCGGGGGGCGAGCAGGGGGGCGAGAGGGUAGAGCGAAUGAGAUUCAAUGUCGCGUCGCUAACCUCGGUCGCGCUGGCGCCCGAGCCCGGUCUGCACGCAUUGCGGGGCGUUCCGCUGUGGAUGGUGGCUGGCCUGGCCGUCGUCUACGCCGAGGGUAUCGCGCUGCCGCCGUGCAUUCCGAUGGGCGGCUCCAGCCAAUGUUGUGUUGGCACGUUCGGCUGGCAGUGGUCUCGUUACUGCGCCUGGGGCUUUCAACGAGAGCUGGUCGAGAUGACACAUCGGCCGCUGGGCGUGAGCCACCAGUACGCCUCGGUGCUGCACGGUCAGGGGCGGCUCGAGGAGGCCCUGGCGCUCUACAACAGGUCUAUCGAGAUCUUCGACGAUAGCGCGCUCACCGACUACUGCAUGGCCAAGAUAUACCUGCAGCUGAAUCAGGACAACCAGGCCUGCGGCGCAAGCCCGGCGUCGCGUACGCCUGGAACGCUCUGGGAGUGGCCCAAGCUCGAGUAGGAGAUGCGCAAGCGCUCCGCGCCCUGCCCCGGCGGCCCCUCGGCCCCAGGCCAGCUUCUCCUCCUCCCCUCCUCCUCCUCCUCCUCCUCC